AUGGCACAACUCUUUGUAUGCCCAUUAGAACUAGUUCUCCCAACGACAACAAGGCUCCUACCUUCGUCAAGUCUUAGUCUUUGCGUGCGAUACAUGUAUGAUCAAGGAGAGAGAAAGAGUCUAGCGGUGACUUUAAAGGCAGAGGUGGUCAUGACGGUCAUUGCUGUGGUGGAUGGAUGGAGGAGGCAAAAGGCAAAGUUGAGGUCCACAUAUUGA